AUGGCCACUCAGUCUGCAUCAAUUUCUUUUUUUAAUUCAGGGCAAUACAACAGAAGUUUGUUUAAUGUCGGCGAGCCCAUCAAUAGGAUAUUUUUGAGACUUCAAAUUGUAGUUGAAGACCCAGCAUUAAACUGGAGCCAGUUUCGUUCCAGUGAUAAUAGGAAAGGACUAAGAAGUUUUGCUGUAUUGACAUUGCGAUUCCAUAGUAUCUUACUAGUUUUUGCAGACAAGGCGUUUAUACGUGAGAAGGGCCUAAAGUUACGAAUUGCGAAAUACGGAAAAGAAGGGAUCUUAAUCCCCCGUUUAAAAGAAUCUCUUCCUCAACAUAACAUUGACAACAAUAUUGCGAGGAAAGGGCUGCUGAAAGACUUAAGCAUUCCCCAAAACGAGCAUAUUGAACAACACAUUAAGAGACAUGGUCGACGUCUCGAUUAUGAGGAAAGAAAACGUAAGAGAGAAGCUCGUGCUGUGCACAAAAAUUCUCAAAUAGCGCAGAAGGUUCAUGGCUUCAAGGCCAAGAUGUUGAAUAAGAAGCGUCAUGCCGAAAAGAUUCAAAUGAAGAAAACGAUUAAACAACAUGAAGAAAAGAAUGCUAAGCAGAAAUCAGCUGAUGCUAUCCCUGAGGGAGCUGUGCCCACUUACCUUUUGGAUCGUGAAGGUGAAGAUCGUGCGAAGAUUUUGAGUAAUAUGAUUAAGCAGAAACGUAAAGAAAAAGCCGGCAAAUGGUCAGUCCCUUUGCCUACUGUACGUGGUAUUGCCGAAGACGAAAUGUUCAAGGUAGUGAAGACUGGUAAAAGCAAAUCAAAGCAAUGGAAGCGUUUGGUAACAAAAGCAACAUUUGUUGGAGAAGGGUUUACCCGUAAACCACCAAAAUACGAACGUUUCAUCAGACCUAUGGGUCUUCGUUACAAGAAAGCACAUGUUACUCACCCAGAACUGAAAGCCACAUUUUGUUUACCUAUCAUUGGCGUUAAGAAAAACCCACAAUCACCACUUUAUACCCAGCUUGGCGUCAUUACUAAAGGUACUGUGCUCGAAGUUAAUGUGUCAGAAUUGGGUUUAGUUACAACCGGUGGUAAGGUUGUCUGGGGUAAAUACGCUCAAGUAACCAAUAAUCCAGAAAAUGAUGGCUGUAUCAAUGCCGUUCUACUUGUAUAG